GAGCAUUGGGAGGAGAUGUGAAGCGUGACAUCCGUUAUAAAUGUGUGCACGUGAUGUGAACGCGACACGCGUUUGACCCGUGAGAAACGUCUUUUACCUUGACUUACUAUCACCUUUUGUCGCCAGCAAUGUCUCAAGCAUCACAAGACGACGUCGAGCAAGAAGGCGAGUUUCAAUUUACUGGCCCUCUUCUUGUCAACAAACUGCAAGAGGCUGGGAUACACGCCAAUGACAUCAAGAAACUCGCGGACGCAGGUCUCAACACCGUCGAAGCGGUCGCUUUUACGCCAAAGAAGCAUCUUAUUACUAUCAAGGGCAUAUCAGAACAGAAAGCCGAUAAAAUUAUAGCUGAGGCGCAAAAGAUCGUACCUUUAGGGUUCCAAAGUGCCACAGAAGUACACGCACGACGCGCUGAACUUGUUCAUAUUACGACCGGCUCCAAGCAACUCGAUGCUCUUCUCGGAGGUGGGAUUGAAACUGGCGCAAUUACCGAGCUCUUUGGCGAAUUUCGUACCGGAAAAUCCCAGUUAUGUCACACGCUUGCUGUUACCUGCCAGCUUCCUGUCAGCAUGGGUGGCGGAGAAGGCAAGUGCCUAUAUAUCGACACCGAAGGCACUUUUCGUCCAGUACGGCUGUUGGCUGUAGCGGAGCGGUACGGACUCAACGGCGAAGAAGUUUUGGACAACGUGGCAUAUGCCCGGGCGUACAAUGCAGACCAUCAGAAUGCUCUGCUGACGAGUGCCAGUGCACUGAUGUCAGAGUCGAGGUUCUGUCUGUUGAUCGUCGACUCUUGCACGGCAUUAUAUCGUACUGAUUUUAGCGGACGUGGGGAGUUGUCAUCUCGGCAAAAUCAUUUGGGCAAGUUCUUGCGGACGCUCCAACGAUUGGCAGAUGAGUUCGGUAUUGCUGUCGUUGUAACGAACCAAGUCAUGUCUAGUCCAGACGCGGCUGCAGGUCCAUAUGCUAGCAACGAGAAAAAGCCCAUCGGCGGUAAUAUCAUGGCCCACGCAUCAACUACACGACUCCAGUUAAAGAAAUCACGCGGAAACACACGCUCCUGUAAAAUCUAUGAUUCGCCAUGUCUACCUGAAAUGGAGACACAUUUCGCCAUCCUUCCCUCUGGUAUUGGUGACCCUGAAGAAGAGGCCUAGAUAUGACUUGACUUUGUUGUUCCCUUUCUUUUGCUCUGUGUG